GUGUGCUCCGACAAGGAGAGGGAAGGUAACAAAACCAAUUUGGUAUUGUUUUUCACUUUUCCUCCUUUGCUUUUCUCUUCACACGUUGCAAGAGCCCACAUCUCUCUCUUUCCGCUCUCUCUCUCUCUCUCUCUCUCUCUGUGAGAGGGGAGUUUGCUGUGAGGAAGGAGGUUGGUAGAGUUUUGAGGAUUUUCUCGGUUUCCGACUUCCUACACCCUUGUCGUUUUCCUGCGUGAUUCCAAUCUUUGUUCGAUUCUGCACUGUGUCCUCGCCUUUCUAAUCGCUACCUGUCGUCGUCUUUCUUCUUUCUCUCUAUCUGUGUGUGUGGGUGCUGUUUCUGCUUAUCUGAAAAUUAAGCGGGGCAAUGCCCGUAGCUGAAAACUAGGAACCGGCACGUAUUACCUGAAAUCUUUUGCUCAAUUUGGAUAUCUUCAUUCUGAGUCCUAUCCCUCGACUGGCAAAUGGGUUUGCUCUUUCUCGGCCCUUCUUUUCUCGGUUCUUUAGAAGCCCUACCUUCGCUGGAGAAGCUCUCCUUCGCCGCCCAUCUCUUGCUUCUCCUCUUUCUCUUACUGACCCCCGCUUCCCGCGUUUUCAACCGUGUGCUUUCCAGAGUGAAAGCUCGCGCUGACUCCGGCGGGGGCGUUGGAGAUCCGGUAACUUUUGUCGUCGGAUGUUGGUUCAAGGUCUCCAUUUUCUGCUCAGUCUACAUUGUCUUCCUUCAACUGGCAGUUCUCGGGUAUGAAACAGUAAUUUUGUUUCGCGACGGGGUUAAAGAUUACUCCGUAUUUUACUUACCCUGCCUUGAGACAAUCGCUUGGCUUGCGAUAACAUUCCGGGCAUUGCAGAGCUGGUUUAAUGCUGCGGCAAAAUUUCCCUUGCCGGUUAGGUUUUCAUGGCCUGUGUCAUUCUGCCUCUGUCUAUAUAUUGGAUUUGUUGAUACCAGAGGCUUUUUGGAUAAGUUUACUCACUUGAAUUCUCAUGUCGUGGCAAAUUAUGCCGCCGCUCCUGCUCUCGCCUUCCUUUCCAUUGCCUCCAUCCGUGGAAUUUCAGGUAUAGAUGUAUAUAGGGUGAAUUCCGAUCUUCAUGAUCCUCUUCUUACCGAAGAGGAUGAAGCUGGUUGCCCCAAUGUCACUCCUUACAGUGGAGCAGGGAUUUUCAGCCUCGCAACACUGUCUUGGCUCAGUCCUCUGCUUUCCAUAGGCGCAAAGAGGCCCCUUGAACUCAGGGAUGUACCAUUGUUGGCACAUAAAGACAGGUCCAAAACUUCAUAUAAGGCCUUGAAUUCAAAUUGUGCCGAGAACCCUGGGAAAACGUACUCCUUGGCGUUAGCGAUUUUCCUUUCGUUUUGGAAAGAAGCAAUGGUGAAUGCCGUCUUUGCUGGAUUAUACACAUUGGUAUCUUUUGUCGGACCAUAUCUGAUAAGCUAUUUCGUUGAUUACUUGAGUGGAAAUGUAGCUUUUCUUCAUGAAGGAUAUGUGUUAACAUCCGUCUUCUUUGUUGCAAAGUUGGUAGAGACAGUGACGACAAGGCAAUGGUAUUUAGGAUUAGAUGUCUUAGGCAUGCAUGUUAAAUCUGCUUUGACGGCCCUGGUUUACAAAAAAGGACUAAGACUGUCGUGCAGAGCACGGCAGAGACACACCAUCGGCGAUAUUGUUAACUAUAUAGCAGUGGAUGUGGAGAAAGUUAGUGAUUGCUCAUGGAAUAUUCAUGACAUAUGGCUGCUUCCAUUACAAAUCACGCUUGCUCUGGCAAUUUUAUACAAACAUGUCGGAAUUGCUUCCGUCGCAACACUCGGGGCAACCAUUAUCUGCAUUGCUAUCGCCUAUCCUUUCUCAGAAUUACAAAAGCGUUAUCAAGUUAACCUUAUGGCCGCCAAAGAUGAUCGAAUGAGGACAACAUCCGAAUGUCUGAGAAACAUGAGGAUCCUGAAGUUUCAAGCUUGGGAGGUUCGCUAUAGAUUAAAACUGGAAGAGAUGAGGAAUGCGGAGUAUAGUUGGAUCCGGAAAACCGUAUAUUCUCAAGCAUUAGUCACCUUCAUUUACUGGGGAUCCCCCAUUUUCAUCUCUGUGGCGACAUUUGCUACCUGCAUAUUGCUAGGUGGUCAGCUAACCGCCGGCAGCGUGCUGUCUGUCCUAGCCACCAUUCGGAUUCUCCAGGAUCCUCUUAAAAAUUUUCCUGAUUUGGUUCUUAUGAUUUCCCAGACAAAAGUUGCGGUGGAACGGAUCACAGAUUUUCUGCAACAGGAAGAGUUGCAGGUCGAUGCCACUGUUAUUAUUCCCAGCGGACUUGCGAGCACGGCGGCUAUCGAGAUUAAGGAUGGUGAGUUUUGUUGGGAUCCGGAAUCCUCUAAACCCACUCUUUCGUCAAUACAAUUGAAAGUAGAGAAAGGGAAGCGUGUGGCGGUCUGUGGUGCCGUCGGUUCUGGGAAGUCAAGCUUCCUCUCCUGUAUCCUCGGUGAAAUACCCAAAAUUUCCGGCGAAGUUAGGAUUAGUGGUUCUGCAGCGUAUGUUUCUCAGUCAGCUUGGAUCCAGUCAGGAAAUAUUGAGGAAAACAUCCUGUUUGGGAGCCCAAUGGAUGAGCAGAGGUACAAGAAUGUUAUUAAUGCUUGUUCCCUUAAAAGGGAUCUGGAGCUAUUUUCCCAUGGAGAUCAAACAAUAAUUGGUGAUAGAGGUAUAAAUCUAAGUGGUGGACAGAAACAAAGGGUUCAACUUGCUCGAGCGCUUUAUCAGGAUGCUGAUAUUUAUUUGCUUGAUGAUCCUUUUAGUGCAGUUGAUGCCCAUACAGGGAGUGAUUUGUUCAAGGAAUAUAUUUUGACUGCUCUGGCCAGCAAGACAGUGGUAUUUGUCACCCAUCAAGUUGAAUUUCUUCCAGCCGCGGAUUUGAUACUGGUGCUUAAAGAGGGUCACAUAAUACAGGCUGGAAAAUACGAUGAUAUUUUAAAAUCUGGAACUGACUUCAAUGCUUUGGUUUCAGCCCAUCAGGAAGCCAUUGAAGCAAUGGACAUUCCGGAAUGCAUGUUGGAGGAUGUAUCAAUGCUUCGCCAAAGAUCGGGAUCAAUUGUAAGCAAGGCUGAUAGCUUGGGAAGCAAAACACCCGAAAACAAGCCUCCAUCCGAGCGAAUUGGUGUAAAGGAAAUGAAGAAAUCGAAGUGCAGCGGGAAAAAACAACUCGUUCAAGAAGAGGAGCGAGCAAGGGGGAGAGUUGGCUUAACAGUUUACCUGUCAUAUAUGGCUGCUGCAUAUAAAGGAGCAUUAAUACCUUUAAUUAUUCUAUCCCAGACAACAUUUCAGGUUCUGCAGAUAGCUAGUAACUGGUGGAUGGCUUCGGCAAACCCCCAAACACAUGGUGAUAAGCCAAAGACGACGAGCACUUAUCUUCUUGACGUAUAUAUGGCACUUGCUUUUGGCAGCUCCUUGUUUGUCUUUUUAAAGGCUGUUCUCGUGGCGACUUUUGGCUUAGAGGCAUCGCAAAAGUUAUUUUUGAAGAUGCUAAAAACUAUAUUCCGGGCUCCAAUGUCAUUCUUCGAUUCCACCCCCAUGGGGAGAAUCUUGAAUCGUGUUUCGGUAGAUCAAAGUGUCGUUGAUCUUGAUAUUCCAAACAGACUUGGCUCGUUUGCCACAACCUUAAUUCAACUUCUCGGUAUAAUUGGUGUGAUGUCUAAGGUUACAUGGCAAGUUCUGCUCCUGCUUUUUCCAAUGACCAUUGUUUGCUUAUGGAUGCAGAAGUAUUAUAUGGCUUCAUCAAGUGAGCUAGUGCGAAUGGUCAGCAUCCAGAAGUCUCCAAUUAUUAAUCUUUUUGGGGAAUCUAUUGCUGGCGCUUCUACCAUUAGAGGAUUUGGACAGGAAAAGAGGUUUAUCAAAAGGAAUCUGUACCUUCUUGACUGCUAUUCACGCCCAUUCUUCUACAGUAAAGCUGCCAUUCAAUGGUUAUGCUUGCGCAUGGAAUUGCUAUCCACUUUUGUAUUUGCUUUCUGCAUGACACUUCUUGUUAGUUUACCACAUGGAAGUAUUGAUCCGAGUAUGGCAGGCCUUGCUGUAACUUAUGGUAUUAAUUUAAAUGCUCGCUUCUCCCGGUGGAUAUUGAGCUUUUGUAAACUUGAAAAUAAGAUUGUUUCUAUUGAGCGCAUACAGCAGUUUUGUGACAUUCCUAGUGAAGCGCCGGCUAUUAUUGAUGAUUCUAGACCUCCGCCUUGGUGGCCUGGGAAUGGGAAGAUUGAACUGCUUGAUCUCCAGGCUCGCUACAAGGAGAACUUGCCCAUCGUUCUCCGUGGUGUAACAUGCACGUUCCCCGGUGGUAAAAAAAUAGGCAUCGUUGGGCGCACGGGAAGCGGCAAAUCUACACUUAUACAGGCUCUUUUCCGCUUGAUUGAACCAACACAUGGGAAGAUUAUCAUUGAUGACAUCGACAUCUCUACCAUCGGCCUUCAUGAUCUUCGUAGCCGUCUGAGUAUCAUACCACAGGAUCCUACCUUAUUUGAAGGCACAAUCAGGGGCAAUCUUGAUCCACUUGAAGAGCACUAUGAUUAUGAAGUUUGGCAGGCACUGGACAAGUGUCAGCUGCGUGAGGCCAUCCGCCAAAAGAAACAAAAAUUAGACUCUCCAGUUCUUGAGAAUGGAGAGAAUUGGAGUGUCGGGCAGCGUCAGCUCAUUGCAUUAGGGAGGGCCUUAUUAAAACGGGCGCGGAUAUUGGUUCUCGACGAAGCAACGGCUUCCGUUGAUACGGCGACUGAUAAUUUGAUCCAGCAGGUCAUACGACGUGAAUUCAAGGAUUGCACUGUCUGCACGAUAGCGCAUCGCAUUCCAACUGUCGUUGAUAGUGAUUUCAUUUUAGUCCUUAAUGAAGGGAAAGUUGCGGAGUUCGACAGACCACAGAAGCUUUUGGAGGACAAGACUUCCAUGUUUAUGAGACUGGCCUCCGAAUACUCCAUCAGGUCAAGCUGCUUAGCAGAUGCAUGAAGCAAAAACCUCUUUAUUAAAUCAAAAUAUGACAGAAGAACUUAUACUAUAUCAAUAUCUGCCAUACUUGAUUAUAAUGAGGGAGCUGCUGCUUCAAGGAAGAAAGAGUUCAAAAGCUUUCUUUUCGGAUUAAUAUAAUAGGAGGGCAACAAAUUAGGUCACAGGAAUUAAAUUUGAUUUGUAAAGCAUUGAGCUUCUCUUUUAGUUUUUUUAGUUAGAGUCGGUUGUCAUUGAUAGAGUCUGUAUUUAGAAGAUGUCAUUGAUAGAGUCUGUAUAUAGAUGUCAUUGAUAGAGUCUGUUUUAGAAGAUGUCAUUGAUAGAGUCUGUAUUAGAAGAUGUCUUGGUUGAAGUUAGAUUCAGAGAAAAAGCAGUUUUAGCGUUUCCGUCUGUCUAUUAUUUCAUCUCCCUCAA